GCGGCCGCCAUCGCGCGGGCCGGGCCUCCCCGCCGCCGCCGCGCGUCCCCGGUGCGCCCCACGUGCCGCCGCGGCCGCCGCUGCCAUGGGCGUGCUGCCGGUGCCGGCGGAGGUGCGCGCCAUCCUGCUGGACAUCGAGGGCACCACCACCCCCAUCGCCUUCGUCCAGGAGACCUUGUUCCCUUACAUCAAAGACAACGUGAAGGAGUAUCUGCGUGCUCACUGGGAGGAGGAGGAGUGCCAGCGGGAUGUCGGACUUCUGAGGAAGCAGGCUCAGGAGGACUCCAGCCUGGAUGGGGCCGUGCCCAUCCCUUUGGAGAGCGGCAGCGGGGAAGAGGAGCUGGAGCGCGUCAUCCAGGCCGUUGUGGACAACGUGCACUGGCAGAUGUCCCUGGACAGGAAAACCACGGCACUGAAGCAGCUGCAGGGCCACAUGUGGAGGGCAGCCUAUGCCACCGGGCACGUCAAAGGAGAAAUCUUCGAGGACGUUGUUCCAGCCAUCCGGAAGUGGCGGGAAGCAGGGAUGAAGGUCUAUAUCUACUCUUCAGGCAGCGUGGAAGCCCAGAAGCUUCUGUUUGGAUACUCUACAGAAGGUGAUAUCCUAGAGCUCUUCGAUGGCCACUUUGAUACCAAAAUAGGCCCCAAGGUAGAAAGUGAGAGCUACAGGAGGAUUGCUGCCAGUAUUGGGUGUGCCACCAACAACAUCCUCUUCCUGACCGAUGUCCCUCGAGAAGCCAAUGCGGCCGAGGAGGCGGACACUCACGUGGCUGUGGUGAUCAGACCGGGCAACGCAGGACUGACGGACGAUGAGAAAUCCUAUUACAGCCUCAUCUCGUCUUUCACCGAACUUUUCUUGCCUUCCUCCACUUAGGGAAAGCGGUGCACGCACAAAAGACUGUGCUUCACCUAAUUGUCCUUGUGAAAUGUUAGGUCAUUUUGUCCAUAAUCAGAAUUUCAAACCAAAUCCACAUUAUGUCUUGGGCCUCGUGCAGGCAGGUAUGGAUGGAGAGUAUGGUGUGGGGUCCCUUGUGCAGUAGGACAGAGGCCUGCUGCCAGCUGGAGCUGGGAACAGGGCAGGGAGCAGUGAGCAGCACCUAUGAGCCCUGCUGUUCCUCCCCUUUCCUGGCUAGCAGUUAGCUAAGGGAAUACUUCCUUCAAACUCAUCCACUGAAAUCUGGUGCUGAGAUGCCCCACCAAGAGCUCUGUCAUUUUUAGAAGCAGUCUGCAAACAAGGUUUAUGUCCCCUUGUCCCAGAGGGAGCGCUGGGAACCAUGGCGGGAUAUGUGAGCUUAUCCUUGCAGACAGAAGUUCUGGCUAAGUCAAAAACAUUCACAGUUAGGAUUCCCAAAGGGAAAUGCCAACUGUGGGCUAUAAAACAGUAGGAGUGGGCUGCCACAGAAAAAGCUAGCCCUUGCUGGAGGCAGGCUCUUUAGACAAGGAGCAGUGUGUAUCUUGGCUGUGUCUGCAGCAGCUCUAGGUACAAAACAGUACAACUUGCAUAUGGAAGCUGCUUAGAGCUCCACAGCCAGCCUACCCAGAAUGAAGUCGAGUAUACAUAAAUACAGCUUUAAAAAUUAAAUUCUGGACACACUUCACGGCUGCAUCAUGGUGCUGGGCUAUGGGAUGCAACUGUCUGAACCCCAAAGUCAGCUUGACAGCAUUUCUGAAGUAUCUCAGCACUGACCCACAGAGCUCCUCCUCCAGGCAAGAUCACCCAGUCACACAUUCAUAGCAGUGGUCAGCUGUGAGAAAACCUUGACAAACUGCUCCUGAGGGCAGACAUCCUGCUGCAUUUGAUGAGAAUUAAACCCCUGACCUUUUCAUCUUACCUGAAUUGUGCCAAUGUAGGUCAUGGAGCUUUUCCUAAUGUAGUAAAUAAAAACACAACUUUG